AUGACGUCACAAAAGCCCCUACCUGCCAGCACCAGAUGUCACCAAAAGCCCUACAAAACCACGAGCCCGCCAAAAAGCCCCUACCUGCCAACACAAAGCCAGAUGUCACAAAAGCCCCUACCUGCCAACACAAAGCCAGAUGACGUCACCAAAAGCCUAACACCCCACCAAAAGCCCCUACCUGCCAACACAAAGCCAGAUGACGUCACCAAAAGCCCCUACCUGCCAACACAAAGCCAGAUGACGUCACCAAAAGCCCCUACCUGCCACACAAAGCCAGAUGACGUCACCAAAAACCCCUACCUGCCAAACACAAAGCCAGAUACGUCACCAAAAGCCCCUACCUGCCAACACAAAGCCGUCACCAAAAGCCCCUACCUGCCAACACAAAGCCAGAUGCCGUCACCAAAAGCCCUACCUGCCAACACAAAGCCAGAUGCCGUCCCAAAGCCCCCUGCCAACCAAAGUCAGAUGACGUCACCAAAAGCCCCUAACUGCCAACACAAAGCCAGAUGCCGUCACCAAAAGCCCUACCUGCCAGCACAAAGCCAAGAUGCCGUCACCAAAGCCCCACCUGCCAACACAAAGCCAGAUGCCGUCACCAAAAAGCCCCUACCUGCCAGCACAAAGCCAGAUGCCGUCACCAAAAGCCCCUACCUGCCAACACAAAGCCAGAUGACGUCACCAAAAGCCCCUACCUGCCAACACAAAGCCAGAUGCCGUCACCAAAAGCCCCUACCUGCCAACACAAACCAGAUGACGUCGCCAAAAGCCCUUACCUGCCAACAAGCCAGAUGA